AUGCAGCCGAGAGAUUCACAUCUUGAGCAUUGCGAUCGAGGUCCAAUAUGGGAGGAGCUGGACGAGGAUGAUGCUUUGCUGAGGACUCCAGUGAGUAGUCGCUCUUCGUCACAGCAGCUCGUCAUCAGCGUGCGAUUCUCACCUCGCUCCUCUCAUCGCCGUCAGAGAGGCACGCCCGCCCCUCUGCCCACCGCCAGACAGCCUCGUCCCUCACUUCAGCGCGACUCCACGCUCUCCACCAAUCGAUACAGCCACGUCUCCUCCAUCCGGCACAGCGUCGCCACCUUCCUCAGCUACGACUCGACCGACUGGGCCGUCCUCGCACGCGCCUCUCCUCCCCCACUAGACUCGUCCGACCCCAAUGAACCAGAAGAAGAUGACUGGCUACACGACCCUCACCUCUUCGCCAAGCACAAGAAGUGGACAAGACGCAGUCGCUGGUUCUCUACACGAGCAAUCGUUGAUUUCGGUGUCCUCUUGCUCCUCUUCGCCGGAAUAGUCUUCAUCUUUCUUGGCUAUCCGGUCCUUACUGCACUCUUCCUCUCCCCUACCUCGAAGCUGGGCGGCUUUGGGCUUGGGGGGACGAAUGGGAGUGGUCAAGUGCCGGAGGGACCGCUCAAUAGAGAUGGGCUGAUCGAUCGGGAUACGCCGAAGAGCGCUUAUUGGCGGAGAGGGAUUGAUGAUCCGAGUAAGAGGUAUAGGCUGGUGUACAGUGACGAAUUUGAGACAGACGGGAGAAGCUUCUGGCCGGGAGACGAUCCGUUCUGGGAGGCGUUGGAUCUGCAUUACUGGGCUACGGGGAAUUACGAGUGGUACUCACCUGAUGCCAUCACAACUCGUGAGGGGGCACUACAGAUCACGCUUAGCGAGCAUGUCAGCCACAACCUCAACUUUCGCGGAGGAAUGCUGCAGUCAUGGAACAAAUUCUGCUUCACCGGCGGGUACGUGGCCGCCUCCGUACGUCUACCCGGCACAGCCUCGCGGGGCGGUACGUGGCCUGCGGUCUGGGCGAUGGGGAACUUGGGGAGGGCGGGGUACGGCGCCACUUUGGAGGGAACAUGGCCAUACGCGUAUGAGGGGUGCGAUGUUGGGACCCUGCCUAAUCAGACGACCUGGGACGGGAAGCCCACCGCAGCGCUCACGGGAGGCAGCGUGACCUUCAACAAGAAGCACAAGAGCAACGCCUUAUCCUUCUUACCUGGGCAGCGUCUCUCCGCCUGCACGUGCCCCAACGAUGAUCACCCCGGCCCGCGCCUCAAAGACGGCUCGUGGCGUGGCCGCUCAGCACCAGAGAUCGACGUCUUCGAAGCGCAGGUGUCCAGCAGCAGGCUGCAGGUCUCCCAAUCAGGGCAGUUUGCCCCCUUUAACAUGUACUACGAGCCAACCAAUACCACCGCACCUGCGUGGCGCUUCUGGCAGCAAGGCGCAAGGGUCAACUCGUACACGGGCGAGGUCAACCAGCAGUCCAUGAGCGGGGUGACUCCCGCCGUACAGGAGGCAGUGCAGCGUGGCGGCGAUGGGAGCUUUGCAGAGUACGGCUUUGAAUAUCGGCCAGGGAGCGACGGCUAUAUCACCUGGACCUCCGGCGGUAAGCCCUCCUGGUCUCUCCUCCCGCAAGCCCUCGCGCCGGACACGGUAGCGAAUAUCUCGGCUCGUUCGGUGAGCCAGGAGCCCAUGUACCUCAUCUUGAACUUGGGACUGAGCGACUCUUUUGGAAAGAUCGACUGGGACGGCAUGGAGUUUCCCUAUGUGAUGAGCGUGGACUGGGUCAGGGUAUACCAGGAGGAAGGGAAGGAGAAUGUGGGGUGUGAUCCGAAGGACUGGCCGACGAAGGGAUACAUUCAGCGCCACUACGCAGCGUAUACGAAUCCCAAUCUUACCAUCUGGGGCUCGACGUCCUCGAAAGGAGGAUACGGCGCUGAUUGGCCGCGUAACCGCUUACAGCCUGGGGGCUGCUCUGCACCCGUGAGCAAGUUGCCUGGCUCGCCGACUCAUCCCAUAGGCAAGGCGCCGAUCAGGAGCACAGAUGUUGCUGCAAAUUGGGAGAAGCCGGCGUGA